GAAGGAUAAGGUAAGAAGUUUAAAACGGCAAUGCACAUCAGGUUGAUCGUCAGGUGUAGUUCAGUAUUUCUCGAGGUGAAGUAAAUACCUUAGGAGAGGAAUCACUCGAAAACAUCGAGAUGUUCCUUAAAAAUAAUUGUCCCAACUCAGUUGUUUUUAUUUUCACUCUUUGGUUUAUCGGAGGUUUCGCGGGUUUGAGUGAUGCUAGCAAUCAAUGCAAAAAUAAAGUCAUGGAUAUUGUGAUAAGGACAUGCAGUGGUAUGGGCAUGAGGAACAAACGAGAUCUUGAGAGGCCGACGAUUGAAAGUUAUUCAGCAGAUAAGUUUGUUCAUCGUCUUCGGAGAAGACAAGUGGAAGGUCUGGCUGUGGACCCUCUGCUCGGUCAUGUUGAGGUCCCUCCGAAUCCAGAGAGUGCAGAUGUUUUGGAUGAGCACGUCAGUAAUACUCCCUCACAGCCGAAAUUUAUUGGUCUUCUUCACCAGGAAUCUAACAUCGGUGCAGAAAUGAGCCUCGAGUUGGACAUCAACGAGGCGAGUGAUCUGUAUGAGCAGCUCUCCGGGAGAUUACCGAGGCACCUGAAGAACGACGAGAUCCAGAAGAUGUUCUUUCGUCUCGCUGCUAAGUGCUGCCAGCACGAUACCGACUCUUGUUCAGAAUCGAGUAAAAUAGUGAAAUGCGUAUGACAAUUAAAGAAAACAGCAUUAAGCUGUUAUUCCACAUGAUGUUCAUGAACUUGUAAAUAUUGACAAUUAAUUAAUAAAUGAUUUUUCGAUUUUC